GACUACACAUUGCCGUCAUAGCUUGUGGCCAUCAGCUCACGUAUGCCAUGUCAAUUUGCAAACAUUAGCUUUGUAAAAGAUUCUAGUGAUCGGACGUCCGUUGUUCAGAAAUAUAGGAAAACCUGAAAUCUAGAAAAUACCAAGUGGACGCUACGCUACGCUCAAAUUGAAUAGCUUACAUGGCAACUGUAAAGGUGCAACAUCCUGUGGACAUUUCGCCGGAUGUAAAGAUCGUAAAAGCCAAACCAAUCAGGAAAGUGUUCAAGGGGGCGACCAGAAUGAUCAAUAAAAUCCCACAGUCGCUGAUCAACGAUUCGGAACUAAAUACAGCCAUUAGCGUGCUGCCAUCAAAUUACAACUUCGAAAUUCACAAGACAAUCUGGCGUAUCCGUGAAAUGAAGGCGAAGCGUGUGGCACUACAAAUGCCCGAAGGUCUUUUAAUGUUCUCGCUAGUAAUUAGUGACAUAAUUGAAAGAUUUACCGAGUCAGACACAAUAAUUAUGGGAGAUGUUACGUAUGGAGCGUGUUGUGUUGACGAUUUUACUGCCAAAGCCUUGGGAGCAGAUCUGUUAGUGCAUUACGGUCAUAGCUGUCUCAUACCAGUAGACCAAACAGCUGGAAUUAAAGUGCUGUAUGUAUUCGUAGAUAUCAAAAUAGACGCUCUUCACUUUGUCGAAAGUGUAAAGAUUAAUUUUACGAAGGACCACAAACUAGCAUUGGUUAGUACUAUUCAAUUUGUUGCCACACUUCACGCUGUAGCCAAAGAGCUUCGUGAUGCGGAAUAUGACGUAACGAUUCCACAAUCUAAACCACUAAGCCCUGGAGAGAUUUUAGGUUGUACAGCUCCUCGUCUUACUGACGAGCGAGUGCUUAUCUAUUUGGGCGAUGGCCGGUUUCAUUUAGAAGCUGCAAUGAUUGCGAAUCCGUCACUCGAAGCAUACAAGUACGAUCCUUACGAAAAAAAAUUUACGCGGGAGUAUUAUGAUCAUGGCGAAAUGCGAAGGACCAGGAAAAAAGCCAUUGAUAUCAGUAGAGAUGCCAAAAAGUUUGGUCUAAUUCUUGGAACUUUAGGAAGACAGGGUUCGACCAAGGUGAUGGAGCAUUUACAAAGAAGACUGCAGUUUCAUAAUAAGCAGGCGGUUUUUAUUCUGCUGUCGGAAAUAUUCCCUAACAAGCUGGAGUUGUUCAAAGACAUCGAUGCUUUCGUACAGGUUGCAUGUCCUCGGCUUUCUAUAGAUUGGGGCUCCGCGUUCCCGAAGCCUCUCCUGUCGCCGUACGAGCUAUCUGUAGCCCUGGGAGACGUCGAAUGGAAGCUGCAGGACGAUCAAGAUAUCGCUAAUGGACAAGAAACUCAACUCAAGGACAAUCAUCCGCCACGCUCAAGCUCUGAUGCCUACCCGAUGGACUUUUACGCUAACAAAAGCUUAGGCGAAUGGACUCCCAAUCACAAACCUCUAGAUAUCUGCGAAAAUUCGGUGGAUGGAGGUUGCUGUGGGAGAUGUACAGAGGAAAAGAAUAAAGCAAAGGUGCAGGAUUUAGUCUAGUUCAUUUAUCUGAUAUCGCAUACCAGGUUUAGUUUUAUUUCAAAACUAUAAAAACGAUUGAGUAAAUUUGUUUCUUGUUUCUAUUCCCCAGUAAAUUUAAACCGGAAAAUGGACCUAAAUUAGGUUUGAAAUUUGAGUUUCGACUUCGUCUCAUCAGAAUCCAACAAAUCUACUGAAGGGAUUAAGCUAGCGCCGGAUCGACGCUAGCUGCAAAAAAUGUAAACACUUCCUGAGCAAACGCGAGUUCUGUGUGAGACGAAGUCAAAACGCAAAUUUCAUAACUAAUUUAGUUAGGUAUAGGUUUUGUGCUCUACACGCGCAAACGCGGUUUUAAAACAUUUUCUCCUCAGUGGAGAAAAAAUAGUUUUAAACUGAAUUCAUGCAGAUUUGUCCUUUCACAAUCGCUGAUGUGAUAAAGAAAUAAAAAAACAUGCGC